AUGCAGUCCUCACCCAAUAUGCUCACAAAGUUCGAGUCCAAAUCCUCAAGAGCAAAAGGCAUUGCUUUCCACCCAAAGAGACCAUGGAUACUCGUCUCCUUACAUUCCUCCACGAUUCAGCUAUGGGACUACCGGAUGGGUACCCUGAUAGAUCGGUUCGAGGAGCAUGAUGGGCCCGUCAGAGGCAUAGACUUCCACAAGACACAACCGCUAUUCGUAUCUGGCGGGGACGAUUACAAGAUCAAGGUCUGGUCGUAUCAGAGCCGAAGAUGUCUCUUCACCUUGAAUGGCCAUUUGGACUACGUUCGGACUGUCUUUUUCCACCAUGAACUUCCUUGGAUACUGUCAAGCUCGGACGACCAAACAAUCCGGAUAUGGAAUUGGCAGAACAGGUCUCUGAUCUGUACGAUGACAGGGCAUAACCACUACACCAUGUGCGCCCAAUUCCACCCCAAGGAUGAUCUCAUCGUCUCUGCUUCAUUGGAUCAAUCAGUGCGAGUUUGGGACAUCUCGGGGCUGCGCAAAAAGCAAUCUGCUCCCACAUCUUUGACCUUCGAAGACCAAAUGGCUCGCGCCAAUUCGAACCAAGCGGACAUGUUUGGUAAUACAGAUGCGGUGGUCAAGUUUGUUCUAGAGGGCCAUGACAGAGGCGUGAACUGGGUCGCAUUUCACCCAACUUUGCCAUUGAUCGUCUCCUCGGGCGAUGAUCGACUCGUCAAGCUGUGGAGAAUGAGCGAAACAAAGGCUUGGGAAGUGGACACCUGUCGCGGUCAUUUCCAGAACUCUUCAGCUUGUCUGUUCCAUCCUCACCAGGACCUCAUUCUUUCAGUUGGCGAAGACAAAACAAUUCGGGUCUGGGACUUGAACAAGCGGACAUCUGUCCAGUCGUUUAAGCGCGAGAACGAUCGAUUCUGGGUUAUCGCAGCUCAUCCCGAGAUAAACCUGUUCGCUGCUGGACAUGACAAUGGAGUCAUGGUUUUCAAGCUGGAGAGAGAGAGGCCUGCCUCUGCCAAUUAUCAAAAUCAGCUAUUCUACAUCACGAAAGAGAAGUUCGUACGCUCGUACGACUUCUCGAAGAACGCCGAGUCCCCUGCGAUCUUGUCUCUCCGGAAAUUCGGCAGUCCAUGGGUACCACCUAGGACUCUUUCCUAUAAUCCAGCCGAGCGAGCCGUACUCGUGACGUCCCCUAUUGACAAUGGUACUUACGAGCUGAUCCCUCUCCCUCGUGAUGCAUCUGGAGCGAUUGAGCCCACAGAUUUUAAGAAGGGUCAAGGCAAUUCUGCUAUAUUCGUGGCACGCAAUCGAUUCGCAGUGUUCACCCAGUCAAGUCAGCAAGUGGACAUCAAAGACCUCACAAAUUCGACGACGAAAACCAUCAAGCCACCUCCAGGGACCACGGAUGUAUUUUUCGGGGGGACUGGAUGCAUUCUUUUGGUUACUGCUACAUCUGUGGUUCUUUACGAUAUUCAGCAAAAGAAGCAGCUUUCUGAGCUAGCAGUCGCUGGGGUCAAAUACGUUGUCUGGUCGAGCGAUGGGCUUUACGCAGCUCUACUUAGCAAGCACAACGUCACGAUUGUUACGAAGUCUUUAGAGCAAGUCAGUACGCUUCACGAGACGAUCCGAAUCAAAUCUGCAGCAUGGGAUGACGCCGGCGUACUUCUAUACUCGACCCUUAAUCAUAUCAAAUACACAUUACUCAAUGGGGACAAUGGCAUUGUCAGAACACUCGACCAGACCGUGUACCUAGUGCGAGUCAAAGCUCGAAGUGUAUACUGCUUGGAUCGGGCCUCAAAACCGAAAGUGCUAGACGUUGACCCCACGGAAUAUCGUUUCAAACUUGCUCUUGUCAAGCGAAACUACGAAGAGAUGCUGCAGAUUAUUAAAACAUCGAGUCUUGUCGGUCAAAGCAUCAUCUCGUACCUGCAGAAGAAGGGGUACCCAGAGAUUGCUCUCCAAUUUGUGCAAGACCCUCAGACCAGAUUUGAGCUUGCUAUAGAGUGCGGCAACCUUGAUGUCGCUGUGGAAAUGGCUAAGCAGCUUGACCGACCCAAGCUUUGGACCCGACUGGGUACUGAGGCCCUGGCGCACGGAAAUCACACGAUCGUGGAAAUGACUUACCAGAAACUUCGGCAAUUUGACAAAUUGUCCUUCCUAUAUCUUUCAACGGGCGACGGAGAGAAGCUUGCCCGAAUGGCCAAGAUCGCGGAGCACCGUGGUGACUUCCAAUCGCGCUUCCAAAAUGCUUUGUAUCUGGGAGACGUCGAAGCCCGGGUUCAAAUGCUUCAGGACCUCGACCUAUACCCUCUGGCAUAUGCGACAGCCAAAGCCGCUGGACUUGAGGACGAAUGCCAAACAAUGCUUGAGGCUAGUGGGCUGACGGAAGAUCAAAUCUCUCUGCCUACGAUGGGCAAGCCAUUGAAACCACCAAGAUCUAUUGUUCACACACACAAAGCCAACUGGCCGGUGAAAGCAGCCUCCCAUUCCUUCUUCGAGAAAGCUCUUCUCGGCGAAGUCGGAGCCGUGGAUGAUGAUGUCCCGCAAAUAUCGAAUGGGGUUGACCACAUUGAAGGCGUCCCAGAGGACGAGGCUGUCACUCGAGAUGGCCAGCUGGGCGAAGAAGAAGACGAAGAUGCUGCAGGCUGGGACAUGGGUGACGACAUCAACGUUGAGGUCGAGUCUGACUUCGUCAACGUCGACAGUGCAGACGCUGGUGCUGGCAGUAGUGAAGCCGAUCUAUGGGCCCGCAACUCUCCCAUCGCUGCUGACCAUGCAGCUGCUGGAUCUUUCGAGACCGCUAUGCAGCUUCUCAAUCGGCAAGUGGGCGCCGUCAACCUGGCACCUCUCAAACCCCGCUUCCUCGAAAUCUACCAAGCUUCCAAGACAUACCUACCAGCCACUCCGGGAUUGCCUCCUCUGGUCAACUACGUGCGCCGAAAUGUAGAGGAGACUGAUCCCCGGAAGCUGCUUCCCAUCAUACCACGGGACCUAGAAUCAAUUGCCACCACUGACUUACAGGAAGGCUACAGUGCGAUGAGAUCGAACAAACUCGACGACGGUUUGAAGACCUUUAAGCGAAUUUUACAUUCUCUACUAGUCAACGCUGUAAGCUCUCAGCAAGACGUUGCUGAGGCCAAGAAGAUUAUCACGACGGCGGCCGAGUACGCUACAGCGAUGGCGUUGGAGCUGGAGCGAAGGGCCCUGCCUUCCGAGGGCGAAGACAACAUCAAACGGAGUCUUGAGCUCUCAGCGUAUUUUACGAUACCCAAGCUUGAAGUUGCCCAUCGCCAGCUUGCGCUCAUGGCUGCCAUGAAACUGGCUUUCACCAACAAGAAUUACUCAUCAGCCCUCAGCUUUGCUAACCGCAUGCUUGCAAAUGGGGGUUCGGCCAAGCUGUUGGAUCAGGCAAAGAAGAUCAAGUCCCAGUGCGAACGAAGUCCGCAGGACAAGAUUGACAUUGAGUUUGAUCAAUUCGCUGAAUUCGACGUCUGCGCUUCUUCUCACACGCCAAUAUAUGGCGGCUCCCCAAGUGUCGCCUGUCCUUUUGACGGUGCGAAAUAUCAUUCGGAGUUCAAGGGACAGGUCUGCAGGGUUUGUGAGGUUUGCGAGAUUGGUGCUCCAGCGAGCGGAAUUAGGCUGUUCGCUGCUUAA